GGGAUCACAUCCGCUGACGGAGGCGGCGGUUCUUUUUUGGGGAACCUUUGAACUUUCUUGAAAUUUUUUUUUUGAAUUUUACCUUAGCGGGUUGUAUCCACGGAUUCAACCAGUCUUAUUUCUUUUUCCUUGCUGAACCUUUUUUAUCGCUCAGGAGAACUUGAUAAGUUGGCACAAGUUAACGAGAAGAUUUAGUUAGCAGUAGUUAGAGAAAGCCAGCGGGGAAUCCAUAGCGGGUUCAUGAUAUCCACAGAGACAGAGAUAGUUUAGUUAGCUAGCUGCCAAAGACAUACUGCGUAAUCUUACCAAAGAGAGGAAGUCUGGGAAAAGCAAAAGCGCCCACUCAAUAAUAGGCCCGGAUGAUGCUGGUGCUGUGGGUUUUUGAUAACUCGUGAUCUGGCUGGCGGACCGCGCUGCUGAUUCCGGCGAUGGACCGAGCUUAUCGCUGGCGAUAUGCAGCCGUCGAGUGGCAAUUAGCGCCCUCGCUCAAGGACCAACACUCCAGGCUUAGGUUCGUGCAGUGCUUUUGCCCCGGUUCUGCCCCCAGCCUCACGCGCGACCGCAGGCGUGGGCAUACGAUUGCAAAAGGCGUGUACAGAAGCUGGUGGCUGUCCAGUGCGUCAAGACCGGCAAGUUGACGGAGCUGCGUGAUGUACCCUGGCGCAGAGAACUGGCUGGGAGGGUACAGACUUGUACAGCGGCAUGCAGCUUGCAGGCGGGCGGGCAGGGCGUGGCCCCAAGAAAGGGUAGCGCGGGAGUGAGUGGUGCGAGCGAGGGAGUUGGCUGGGGACUGGGCGCUGCAGCCACGGCCCAAGCUCCGGCGGACACUGCCCAACCAGCGUCGGGGCUGGCUCACCGCUGCUUUGGCUCCCCAGCGUCCCCACACUCGCCCGCCGGCAGGAACAGCACAAGUAAAGCACACGGCCCCCCAGCCCUGCCGCACCCGCUCGCCUCAACGGACUUUCGCCUCUCCUCUCCUCACCACUCACGCCUUCUUCUUCCUCUCCUCCUCCUCCUCCUCCUCCUCCUCUCCGAGUAUCGUAUCUCCACCUCCACCUCCACCUUUCCACCUCCUGGCACAAUCUCUCCUCUCCUCUCUUCCCCCUUCCCCUCCCCUCCCCGACUCUCUCAUUACGCAAGUAAUCCGCUGUGGGAACCUAUAGAAACUCCUCCACCUUCCCGCUUAUCUAUGCUACAACCACGAUUACAAUGGGUGAUGUAGAUCUAACCAACGAUGGCAUCGUCAGCCUCGACUAUGAUUCUCGAGGCUACAUCUCUGCUCCCACCUGGUCCGUAGCAGUGGAGCAUCGCCCGACCCAGCACCACCAGCACCACCAGCACCACCAUCAACACCAGCAGCAGCAGCAGCAGCAUCAGCAUUCGCAGCACCACCACCACCACCAACGAGCCGAUGGUAGGGGGGAUAUCUCACCCCUACAAACUAACAGUCACGAUUUCAACGCCACUGUAGCGCACGACCACGAUCUCAUCAGCGACUGGGAAUUCCACAAUAUACAACCCCACCACCUCCCGUAUUCUCAAGCUGAGACCUCGUCUGCUCCCCAAUUCACCUCCAGCUACUCGAUCCCACUCCAGGCUUCUCCAAUCGAUCUCAUGCCAGCUGCUACCCAGGCUCAGCUGGGUCCAAGUCUACUUGACGGGCCCUAUCACGUUCCUCUGUCUGCACCGCCAGUCGAUAUGAUACCCUUCACGUUCCACGAUUUCCACGCGGAUCUCAUGUCUUUUCCGACUAUGGACGGCCUUCCAGAUGUGACCUACGCUUCCCAGAGUAUUCAGGGCAGUAGCUCGCCAACAGACACAUAUUUGGAAGUCCGCUCCUUGACCAGUUCGAGCAGUGAUAAUGGCUGGACAACCAUCGAGAAUCGCAGGUCUCUAGACUCUCCAUACCACGAACAUGGCAUGUUCAUCAACCCAAAUCAGACCCUGCAUAAUAGGAGCCUGUCUGAGUCGUCAUAUUCCGAUUUGGAUCUCCACAACCCAAGAAACUCCUUUAGCAGCAUAACAGACUUUUCUCAUCCCAUAAAUUCUCCAAGUUCGGAAUCGAAUCUCGAGGCGGAGUACAAUGCUAUAAAUCGUAGAGUGUCAUGUGAUCAGACCUCCCAUGGUUCGUCGUCCCCGGCUGCUGUGAGCCCCGUUGGAAUUGUCAGGCCCAUGCCAGCCAAGAAAUCUUCGUCGCCUUCCCGAUCCCCGACUUCACAGGCGUCGUCCUCUCCGCCAAGUAGAAAACCAUCCCGCAAAAGCCCUAUCGCCGCAAAGACCGCAGAAACGAAAGUGCGAAAGCAAUCUCAGUCUGGAAAGCCCGAAACUGAGAAACGUGUGGGGAAGCGAAAGGGCCCGCUUAAGCCUGAUCAGCGGAAACAAGCUAGUGAAAUACGAAAAUUAAGAGCUUGUCUGCGAUGCAAGUUCCUCAAGAAGACUUGUGACAAAGGAGAGCCUUGUGCGGGUUGUCAGCCAUCACACGCUAGGCUUUGGCAAGUUCCUUGCACUCGCAUUGACAUCAAAGAAAUCGGCUACUUCAUGAAAGAUUGGAAGGCCGAUUAUGAGCGUCACGUUACUUUAGCCUUCUCAGUGGGGAACAUCAAGGGGUUCUCUGAUGUUGAGAGAAUACUCUUCAUCACUCAUGGAUAUGGUCAAGUGAUUCCUGUCACCGCACGCGAAGUUUAUGUUCGCGAUGAAGAGUGCUUCAACAUCGAUUGGGUGGAAUCUAUGCAGCGCGAUCCUAACAGCUUCGAGCUCGCAACCGCGAAAUUGUCGGCGGGCAUGGAAGGGAUCACCCCCGCAAUGCUUUCGGAUUACCUUGACAAACAUAUUGACAGUGACGGGAGCUUCGAGAAUUUCGUGGAUGACUACUUCACCGGCACCCCAUUCUUGACCCAGAUGCUCAAGAGUACAUUCCGGUAUUACUCUCGAACUAAGCUUCCAGUUAUCCGGAAAGCACUGAAGCUCAUCCUAGCCUACAACCUUACGCUACAUGUUACCAUGGUCGAAGGAGUUGGUGAGCUGGAGGAUUUCAUUGGCAAGAUCGAUGAUGCAACGUCAAGGUACAAUGGAAAAAUCAUGGCACCAGUCAUGAUAAAUUUCCAGAUCAAGUGCGGCUUGGCUACCAUGUGGCGAGAAUUGCAAAAGGACGUGCUUGAGGAACUGUCUGCUCUCUACUCCAGUGUUUACAGCGGUGACAAACUUAAAAACUGGCCAACCAUUUUCCUCCUCGCGUCUAUACUGCUUGCUGUGUGGGAAGAGAUGCAGUUUGACUGCCAUUAUCGGGUUCCUGAUGCUGCGGCGGUUGACAAAUUCUGCACUGAUAUGGAAACAACCCCCGUCGGUGUCAUCGUCGGCCUCUUCCAAGCGAUUUCCCAGAAACUACCAGCAUUCACCGAAUGGGAUUCUCAAAAACACCACCACCUCCUAGGCUCGAAUGUUGACGUCUGUGACACCAUGACGGAAGUUCGUCAGCAUGUUACUCAAUACGAAUCCUAUCUUCGAACCCGCAGCAAGUCGAAAUUCGACCGCAACGAUUUCGAUUGUUUAUCAAAUAAAUUUGUCUCUAGACUUGUUAUUCGCGCGAACUAGAAACGGGACAUGCCCUUCCAUACCCCGAUCUUUCUUUAGCGAACUAUGACCUCCCAGGACUUUUUGUUUGAUGAUGUAGUCUGCAAUUUUUGGUUUUAACGGCCUUCCAUCCAAGCGAGCGCGAAACAAAAGUACAAUUUACGAAAACAAUACAUAGCAUCUGCUACGACCGGUAUGAGAUAUAUGUUCCAUGAUUUCCAUGAACGAAUGAGGCAAAUGAGAUACAACCACGCUCAACACGGCUCCGCAUGAACCCUUUUUGGCUGGACCUUACACUCUUUUGACUACCAACUUUUCCUUUUUGUUAUGCUUACCAUCUGUUUUUGGCAUAUCAGUGUCAAACAUUUUGUGUGAUAUUUUUUUUGUGAGAUUAUCAUUUUUUCUUUUGGUUUUUUCCUAAAACUUAACCUCGAUGUUUUGGGAAACAAGAAUUCCUUUAUUUUUCUUAAGUGAUAUAUACCUUUUAUUUAUGUUUUUGAUAUUUAAUCUUUUUCUGCUUGAUUCUUGAUUCUUGAAUUUUUUUUUUUUUUUUUUUUUUGAGAACAUUUACCUGCAUAGUACUGGUUCCCCCCCUCUUUCUUUAAAUCCGAGUCGCCUCUUUUUGUGCUUGCGCAAAAUGACGAGAGAAAUAAAGAAACUAGAAAAGCGAAGAAAUAAGAUAAAACAACACGACGGCGACGGCGACGGCGACGAUGAUGAAAAUUACGGAAGAAAGGGAAAAAAAUACGCUGCGUUUAUAACAGCGGUCUUUUGAUCCGUUAUAUCGCCUUUCAAGCUCUGCCUAUUCUAGUUUGUACUUUUCAUUUUGGCCAUGUUUUUUAUUUUCAUUUCUGAUACUGAUGAUCGCAAUCUUCUACUCUACGCGUUCCUCACAUUGCUGCACUUUUGUUAGUUUAGUUGAUCUUUUUCUUUUCUUUUCUUUUCUCUUUCCUCCUUACCUUUCUGAGUAAUAUCGUACCCGAGCUAUUGUCAUUCGCCGCUGUAUACCCUUUCUGUCCAAUUAUUCUGGAAGAAAGGAGGUUUGGGUGGCGGAACUUGCCUCUUGCCUGGUAAAGCGUAGGGGGACCUUGCGUGGGGGUGUACGGGGUACCCCGUCUUAAACCUCUUCACAACCCCUAUCUAUAUAUUUUUACUUGAUCCUUUUUUAUGCCCUCCGUUUUGAAUAAACAAGACAUAUAACAAUGAAAUAAAUGAAAUUAUAUCCAGAAAUAUAAUCUUGGUCAAAAAU